AUGAUGAUAGUGCUCGUGCUACGAUUCCAAAUUGGCUUUAUACCAUGCUCAUACAGUACUCAGCACAAAAGCGGCACAAAAGAUGAGGAAAAGAGGUCUGAGCACGAGCAUCAUUACCGCCGGCAACCCGGCGAGGCCGUACCGGUGCGUUGCGGUGCUGGACGCGAUUGGGAGGCAGCGCGCACGUUCCUCCGCCAAGGCAGGCAGGCGCGCGCACUAUUUCAUGUGCAGUUGCUUGCCGACGACAACGUAUAUAUCAACAUCGAACGACACGCAACGCGCUUGCCGUGCAUUCUAUGUGCACACAAGUUGGUGCUCCGGCCAUAG